CUUCAUCAAACUUACGCUUCUUGGUGUUCCAACGGAGUCUUUCUCGCGUACCACUAGCUGGUAAGUUGUGAUGUACACUAGUAAUUCUAAUUUUAAUAUCUAUCGAAGUCAAAGUUGUGGAAGGAUCGGUCUCGUUGCCAAGCGCACUACAAGAAUCAGUCUACUCCGAGAAUGCGGGACGAGGAAGCGGCAGAACAGCGUGCGCAGCCCGGCGGGAGCAAAGACAUAGACACGCUCGACGAUGCCGAAUUCCGGCGCGUCGACAUCGUUUUUACGGAUUUGGACGGCACCUUUUUCCCGGGGGCCUACGAGGAGGUUCCGCAGGAGGAGGCACGCAUGUUUCGUCGGAAUCUGAAGCUCGCGGAACAGUUGGAAAAGGAAUUGCACAUUCCCGUCGUGCCGGCCACGGGCAAUAAUUUGGGCAUCGCCCAAAUGAAGUUCACGUCGACCGCCGCAAAGGACAAGGGUGCUGUCCUCCGCGACUUGAAAACGACGCCGGGGAUCUACUGCAACGGGGCUUUGGUGAAGGGGGUGAACGUAUCGAAAGGAAAAAUCCCCCCUCCCCAUAUCGAAAACGAAAUUUGUGAUGCUGUAUCUGAGUUCACAAAUCGACUCGUCAUGCUAGAAGGCCAAGAGCCGCAGUCGUGGCCUCGUUUGCAGGCAAUUUGUCAUGCUGUUUCCCAAUCUCAGCUGCCUCCUAUCAUGCUGAAGAUGCAAGGCUUCCCCACGCCACCCAGCACUACAGUCCGCAUCUUUUCCCGUGUAGCAUGACAAAGCUGAUUUGUGACAACAAAUCUGCAUCACAGAUUUCCGUUUUGAUAUGGGGAGGGGGGAUUCUUCCUUUUGAUAGAACGGGAAAGAAAUAGCGGCGGAGAUCGUUCCGAAGACGUUCGUGGAGAAGCUCACACAAACUGCGGCAAGGUUCGCGGAAGCGGUGGAACCGGGCGCGUGCUUCGCCGGCCUGGGGCGGGACGUUUGCUGGUUGCUUGACGUGCAGCAGGACGCUGUGCGCGAAACCGGGAACAAAUUCCUAGACCGGAUGGGGCUCCUUCUGGCAGAGGACGAAAGUAGUGCUGCAAGCAGACGCAACUCGGGUGAAGAAGGAGCUCCGAAGUUCUACGAGUGGGUGUCGGAUCCAGCUUUUCUGUCCUCGCAAGACUGCGACAUCUUGAGCUUUUUGAUUCUUUUUUCAAACCAGGGCGACUCGGAGACGCCAGCGGCGAAGGAAGUGAGGCUGCUGCGAGCGCAAGCCUUUUUGCAAGCCGAGGGCAUUCUUGAUUUUGGCCAGCAUGGCGCGGAAAGGUUGGGAAACGGUGUGGGAGAAGGUGUCGUUUGCAAACACGUCCAUGUUUAUCAGGGGUAGUAUGGGAAGAGGCUGCGUUCGUUUGGGUCUGUCAAACGCGAGGAACAGGGGACCCUGGUCCUAGUUAGGAUGACAAAAAGAAGCCGUGCGUAGGGAACCAGAUGGUAAUUUUUUUGUUGAAUACCAGUACCACCAUAUUGAAGCAAGGAGCUGCAGCUGCUCUUCCUUAUUGUAUGGUAAUUGCAGGCGAUGCCGAUAGUAUUUUCGGUUCGCAUUCGGAGUUGCUCGGAAAAGAGCAGGCUCAGCGGCGCACGCUUUCCUUGCUCAUACCCCUCCUGGUAUCGGUCCAGAGAUCGAUAUUUCACCUGACGGCGUGAAUAAGGGGAGUGCAAUUAGGAAGUUUCUCGAAGCAGGGGCUGGCGAAAAUACUGGUACUGCGAAAACUGUCGCGGUUUUUGGCGAUGCAGGUAACGACCUAGAGCUCUUCGGAGUGAAGCGUGGACCUUCGGCCGAGCUGUUGCCCUUAUUCCAGGACGGUUUCGAUUAUCGACCGAAAAUUCGUGUCGCCAUGCCGUUAUCCACCCUAACGGAUGUGUCAGGGUCAGAGAAACAAGUUCAAGAUGAAAUUUGCACUGACAGGCAGAAAAGCCGCUGCGCCGAGCUGAUUGAGCAUAAAGGCAUAUACAAUACUGAAAACGAGCGCAACGAGAAUGAAAUUUGCAAUGACUUCUUGUUUCUACAAGGUACACGAGCUGUUUUCGCAAAUAUAUUUGAUGUUGUACUGUACCUGUAUCCUGACCCUUUGACAUGCAUAGCUCUGGGCGAAUGAUAGUUUGUUGGUAAAGGACGCUACUAUUGUUGACACGGUAGAUAAGGUUUUGAAAAGGAUUGUAAGCGCGAAGUCGAAUCGGUAGUACUGCUACUGCCAUCUGCGUGCUUUAAUGGCAGGAGCAAAUGCAACUCUAUAUCAAUCAAAAUUAU